AUAUACGGAGUUUUACCUUAUAUCGCUCCCGAAAUUUUAAGAGGACGAAAUUAUACUAAAGCAGCUGAUAUUUAUAGUUUUGGUAUAAUUAUGUAUGAAUUAAUUUCUGGAUUAGCUCCAUAUCAUGAUGUAAGCCAUGAUGAAAGUUUGGCAAUAAAAAUUUGUCUAGGACUCAGGCCAAGGUUUAAUAUUGAAGUACCCCAAUUAAUUGUGCAUUUAAUUAAAAGAUGCUUAGAUGAAAAUCCACUAAAACGACCAACAGCAGAUGAAAUUGCGAAUAUAUUAUGUUCAUGGUAUGUUGAAUUUAAUAGUCAGAUGGAGCUAAAACAAAAAAUUAAAGAAUCGAAAGAAAUUAAUAAUAAAAUAUUAGGCGAUAGUUCUAUAUCUUCAACUAGUUCACCCUUAUCAUAUAAAACACACUCGAGAGCUAUUUAUACAAGCAGGUUAAUUAAUUUUAAUAAUCUUCCUGAAUCAAAAAAUUCUGAUGAUUAUUACAACCUAUAUGACGAUAUAAUAAGCAAAGAAUACUCAAGUAAUUAAUAAUUUUGUUAUAUUAAACAUAUUCACGUUAAUUAUCGGUUCGUUAAGUGUAAAAUAACUUUACAAAUUGAUAUUUCUAAAUUGAAGAUAAAUGAUGAUCAGGAGAAAUAAAAUAU